AUGCCGAAUACUUUGGAAAUUGUCAAGACCGCCGCUGAGGCCUUCAUCUUGGACCCAGCAAACCAUGAUAUCCUCUCCCUGAUCAAGGGUCUUAGGAAUGGCAUCGUCUACGGCACGAAAGUUCGAUUCCCGCAUGCUCUUGUCAUGGUAUUCCUCUUUCGCUCUGGAACAUUCCGCGAAAAAGCCCUCCUAGUCUUCAAGGCUACACGAACACACGCCCGUAACCUCGGCACAUUCGUCUUCCUCUACAAGAUCUCCAUGCUCAUUCUCCGUCACCUUAACAAAACCGAAUCCCAGUACGACUCCUUCAUCUCGGGUCUUAUCGGUGGUUAUACCGUUUUCGGCCGAGGUGGCAAUUCCUCUGUAAACCAACAAAUCUGCCUUUACGUUGCCGCCCGUGUUAUCCUUGGUGUAGCGAAACUAUCCACGACCCCGGGAUAUCAACUUUCGCCGGUUCCGGAGGUAUGGAGAGAAGGUAUCAAUAAUAAUGCCUGGCCGGCUUUCGCUAGCUUUAGUUGGGCAUUUGUUAUGUAUCUGUUUAGAUGGCAUCCGGAAGUCAUCCAGCCUAGUUUGAGGAGCUCGAUGACUUAUUUGUAUGCCAAUAGCGAAAGGUGGGAUGGAUUGAAGAAUCUACUAUGGCAUAAUGUAUAA